CACUCGCUUGUGUGGGCUUGUUUCCCAAAUUUCGUAUUUCAUUGAUAUUAAUCUAGGAAUUAAGUGUUUAAAUUAGUACUGAAGACGCGAUAAACAUACAUUUUAAACUUAGUAUAAGUAAUGUGUAUUUGAAGUGACCGAACAAAAGUAAAUUUAGUCAAUAAAUCAGGCGACGCGCCGCCAUAUCAUCUAGCGACGCGAAUUUGUAUGAUUCAAGUGUGACAUGGUGUAACCACAUUAUCAUCGAUUAAAGAUGGCUAGUCCAUCUCCUCAGAGCAGUCCAAUGCCCCCGCCACAGGCGCCAAGUCCUAUGGGGCCGCCUACGCAAAGCCCGGCGCCUCCUCAGUCGCCUCACAGCCCGUACAACCAGCAGCAUGUGAACGGGCCGCCGACACCGCAUCAAGCGGGAGCUCCUCAGGGUCAGAUGUCGAACCACAUGUCGCCCGGGCCGGCGCCUCACCCUAUUGCAUCUAACUCUAAUGGGCCACCACAGCAACAUCCUGGCAUGCCGCCUAACUCGCAUCAGAUGCCGCCUCAUAUGGUUGGAGGGCAUAUGGGCAGUCCGGGACACGCCAUGCCCACUGGCUCGCAUCCCUCCGGUCCUAAUGGCAUGCCCGGUGGAGCACAGCAUCCCAACAUGCCCGGGCAAGGCCCACCCCAUGGAUAUAUGCAGCAUCAAAUUGGACAUAUGGCUCCAGGACAGGCACCAAUGGCAAUGGGUGGAGGCGCUCCUCCGCCGGGCAACGGUCCCGCGGGCCCCGCGGGCGUGCCGCUGCCGCCCCACGGGCUGCCGGCCGGUGGGCCAGGCCACAUGCCCCACCACGCCCUCAUGGGCGGCCAGGGUCCGCCGCCGCACACGCCCGCGCCUGGCUACUCGGCGCAUGGGCCCGCUGCACCCGGCACGCCGCCCAACCAGCCGUCGCCCGGGCAGCCACCCGCCGCACCCCAGCACCCGCCAUCGGCACAGACUCCUCCACACCAGGGCGCCCCGCCCUCCACAUCCUCCAACGGCGCGUCGUCCUCGUCCCCUAUGCAAGGCUCCAUGGCGACUCCGGGUCCGGACAACCUUCACGCGCUGCAGCGAGCCAUCGAUUCUAUGGAAGAGAAGGGGCUGCAGGAAGACCCGCGAUACUCGCAGCUUCUUGCUCUUAGAGCGAGAUCAAACGCCCAGGACCCUAGCAAGGGUCUGUUCUCUAACAACCAGCUUAGCCAACUCAAGGCUCAGAUAGCGGCGUACAGAAAUCUGGCUCGCAACCAGCCCGUUUCGCAGCAGAUAGCCCUCAUGGCUGCAGGCAAGCGCACCGGGGACACGCCGCCGGAGUGCCCCACGCCACCGGCGCAGCCGCCGUCGCCGUACAGCCAGCAAGGCCAGGGCCAGGGGCAGCCCGCGGGCAAGGGCGCGGCGGGCGACACCGCGCGGGGCGGCGGAGGGGCACCACCGACACCGUUGCCUAUGACGGGGCAAAUGGCGCCGCCUACUCAACCUACACCGCCGCUUGUUAACCCGCCAAUGGGACAAGGAGCGCCUCGCGGCGCGGCGCCUGUCAGACCGCCAGGCCCAGGCAACGCUGCCGCUCCCACCAGUCAGCAGCCGGGCGCGCCUACUCCUGGUGCGAAACAGAAUCGCAUCACAAGCAUACCCAAGCCCGUGGGACUCGACCCCUUACAAAUUCUUAACGAAAGAGAAAACAGAAUAGCCGCUCGUAUUGCACAUCGCAUGGACGUGUUGUCCAACUUGCCCGCCAACAUAUCGGACGAGCUGCGGCUGCAGGCGCAGAUCGAACUGAGGGCGCUGCGCGUGCUCAACUUCCAGAAGCAACUCAGGGCUGAGAUCCUCGGCCAAGUCCGCCGCGACACAACGCUGGAGACGGCUGUUAACAUAAAGGCGUACAAGCGCACGAAGCGACAGGGGCUGCGCGAGGCGCGCGCCACCGAGAAGCUGGAGAAACAGCAGAAGCUCGAAGCCGAGCGCAAGCGCCGCCAGAAGCACCAGGAGUUCUUGCAGACUGUACUGCAGCAUGCCAAAGACUUCAAGGAGUACCACCGCAACAAUCAGGCCAAGCUGUCUCGCAUGAACAAGGCCAUCAUGAACUACCACGCCAACGCAGAGCGCGAGCAGAAGAAGGAACAGGAGCGCAUAGAGAAGGAGCGUAUGAGACGUUUGAUGGCAGAGGACGAGGAGGGAUACCGCAAGCUCAUCGACCAGAAGAAAGACAAGCGCCUCGCGUUCCUGCUGUCGCAGACCGACGAGUACAUCGCCAGUCUCACGGAGAUGGUCAAGCAGCACAAGCAAGAGCAGAGGAAGAAACAGCAAGAAGAAGAGCGCAGGAAGAGGAAAUCGCGAAAGAAAAAGUUACUGGAGGGCGGCGAGAUCGACGCAAUGGAUGACAGCUCGCAGACAUCCGACUCUAGGGUCAGCGUCAUGGACCCCAAGACCGGCGAGGUACUGAAAGGCGAGGAGGCGCCGCUGUUGUCGCAGCUGAAGGACUGGAUGGAGGCGCACCCCGGCUGGGAGGUGCUCUCCGACUCAGAUGACUCGGGCGAUGACAGCCAAGACGAUGACGAGAAACGCGAACGAAAGGAUAAGCACCACGAAAAGAGCGACAAGGAGAAGACAGAUGAGGAGAAGGCGCGCGAAAUGAUCAAGAAGGCCAAGGUCGAGGACGACGAGUACAAGACGGAGGAACAGACCUAUUACAGCAUCGCUCACACGGUCCACGAGUCUGUCACGGAGCAAGCCAGUAUCCUCGUCAACGGCAAUCUGAAGGAGUAUCAAAUCAAGGGUUUGGAGUGGCUGGUGUCACUGUUCAACAACAACCUGAACGGCAUCCUCGCCGACGAGAUGGGUCUCGGUAAGACCAUCCAGACCAUCGCGCUGGUCACCUACUUGAUGGAGAAGAAGAAAGUCAAUGGGCCCUUCCUCAUCAUUGUACCGCUCAGUACUCUAUCGAACUGGGUGCUCGAGUUCGAGAAGUGGGCGCCAACCGUGGUGGUGGUGUCGUACAAGGGCUCGCCGCAGUCGCGGCGGCUCGUGCAGAACCAGAUGCGCUCCACCAAGUUCAACGUGCUGCUCACCACCUACGAGUACGUCAUCAAGGACAAGGGCUGGCUCUCCAAGCUCCAAUGGAAGUACAUGAUAAUCGACGAGGGCCACCGCAUGAAGAACCACCACUGCAAGCUGACGCAGGUGCUGAACACGCACUACAUCGCGCCGCACCGGCUGCUGCUCACGGGCACGCCGCUGCAGAACAAGCUGCCCGAGCUGUGGGCGCUGCUCAACUUCCUGCUGCCCUCCAUCUUCAAGAGCUGCUCGACCUUCGAACAGUGGUUCAAUGCGCCCUUCGCAACUACCGGAGAGAAGGUGGAACUGAACGAGGAAGAAACGAUCCUGAUCAUCCGUCGUCUGCACAAGGUGCUGCGUCCCUUCUUGCUGCGAAGGCUGAAGAAGGAGGUGGAGAGCCAGCUGCCCGACAAGGUGGAAUACAUCAUCAAGUGCGAUAUGAGCGGCCUACAGCGGGUCUUGUACAAACACAUGCAGUCGAAGGGAGUGCUGCUCACGGACGGCUCGGAGAAGGGCAACAAGGGCAAGGGUGGCGCCAAGGCGCUGAUGAACACGAUCGUGCAGCUGCGCAAGCUCUGCAACCACCCCUUCAUGUUCCAGCACAUCGAGGAGAAGUUCUGCGACCACAUCGGUACCGGCGGCGGUGUUGUGUCUGGGCCUGAUCUAUACCGAGUGUCGGGCAAGUUCGAGCUGCUGGACCGCAUCCUGCCGAAGCUGAAACAGACCGGGCACCGGGUGCUGGUGUUCUGUCAGAUGACCCAGUGCAUGACUAUCAUCGAGGACUACCUCUCGUGGAGAGCCUUCCAGUACUUACGGUUGGAUGGUAUGACGAAGGCGGAGGACCGCGGCGACCUGCUGAAGAAGUUCAACGACGUGGACUCUGAGUACUUCAUCUUCCUGCUGUCGACGCGCGCGGGCGGGCUCGGCCUCAACCUGCAGAGCGCGGACACCGUCAUCAUAUUCGACAGCGAUUGGAAUCCGCAUCAGGACUUACAAGCCCAGGAUCGUGCUCAUCGUAUCGGGCAGCGAAACGAGGUGCGAGUGCUGCGGCUCAUGACCGUCAACUCGGUCGAGGAGAGAAUCCUAGCUGCUGCAAGGUACAAGUUGAACAUGGACGAGAAGGUCAUCCAGGCCGGUAUGUUCGAUCAGAAGUCGACGGGCUCCGAGCGCCAGCAGUUCCUGCAGAGCAUUCUGCACCAGGACGGCGACGAUGAGGAGGAAGAAAACGAGUUGCCCGACGACGACCUGAUCAAUGAGAUGAUAGCUCGCUCGGAGGAGGAGCUGGAGAUAUUCAAGCAGAUCGACAUUGAGCGGCGUAAGACUGAGACUCAGACGCGGCUCAUCGACGAGUCCGAGUUGCCCGACUGGCUGGUCAAGAACGACGACGAGGUCGUCUGCAACAAGGGCCAAAACUGGAGCUUCAUCGACGAAGACGAGAUACGUGGGCGCGGCACCCGGCAACGCAAGGAGGUGGACUACACGGACUCGCUGACCGAGAAGGAGUGGCUCAAGGCCAUCGACGACGAGUUCGACGAGGAGGAGGACGACGAGGACGACGACGAAGUGCUCGACAAGAAACGGAAGAAGGGUCGCAAGCGACGCCGCCAAGAGGACUCUGACGAGGAGGACGCGCCGAGCUCGUCCAAGAAGAAGAACAAAACGGAGACCAACCAGCUCAAGAAGACACUUAAGAACGUCAUGAAGAAAGUCAUUGACUAUACUGACGAAUCGGGUCGCGUGCUGUCGGAGCCGUUCAUGAAGCUGCCGUCCCGGCGCGAGCUGCCCGACUACUACGACAUCAUCAAGAAACCGCUCGACAUCAAGAAGAUCCUCAACAGGAUUGAGGAUGGAAAGUACAACGAGCUGGCGGACCUGGAGCGCGACUUCUUCACGCUGUGCUCCAACGCGCAGGCGUACAACGACGACCUGUCGCUGAUCUACGCCGACUCGGUGCGGCUACGCACCGCCUUCAUCGAGAUCCGGCGCCGCUGCGACGCCGGCCAGCUCUCGGAGGAAUCGGAGGAAGAGAAAGCUCCGUCGGGUGCAGCGGCAGAAGAGGAGGAUGAAUCAGACGAGGAGUCGAGCCGUUCCGUCAAAAUGAAGAUCAAGUUGAAGGGCAAGAGCAAGGGCACGCCAGGCCGUAAGCGCAAGCCGCGCAAGUACAUCUCCGACGAUGAGGACUUCGAGGUGGACUAGCGGGACUCGGCGGCCUCGCCAGACUCGUCCGACUCUUCAGACUCGUGACUUGCACCGUAGGAACUGCGCGACGCCGCGAACACCGUCACACGACAAUAUUACUCAUUUAACUUAUAUCCUACUUCAAUGCUGGACUACUACAGACCCCUGAACUAAAAUAGAUGUACGAAGUCAAACAUCAGUUCAUGGCGACGGAAUAGUAAGGUUGACGAAGUAUAAAGUGUGCCGAUAUCUCGAACAAGUUUGAACACUUUAUAUUUCGUCAACUUUACGAUUCAUGAUCGUGUCAUAUUUGUGUGCUCUUAAUUCUCGCGAAUUGUUGUUUGACUUUGCAUGCCAUUUAGUUCACUUUUAGUGACUGGACUACUUACUAGACUAUUUAAACUGAAAUGUAUAACCAUUUUACAAAUAGACAUUGUUAUGAAAUUAUUCACUAUAUAAAAUAUUUCAUGAAUUUUUUUAUUGGCAAAUGACUGAAUCAUGUAUGGUAAAAGUAAAAAAUAUGAAAUGGUAUAAAUAAGGACAAAUCUCAGGAAAUUUAAGUAAACAUAAUGAAUAUUUAAUGACUAAGUAUAGCUGAUUUAGAUUUUCUAGCGGUUAAUAUGGUUAAAAUUCGUAAUAAUGAUAUUAUAAAAUGGAAUUAAAUAUAGCCCCAUGCUUUCUUAAAUGCGCUAUGACAUUUUCGUAUUGACUAUCUUUUUAAGAAUAUUUUCUUCAUUAGGAAUUUAGUAGUAGGAAUUUUAUUAAGGGAAGAUUUAAUGUAGUAUGAACUUGACUAGUUAUAUGCGUGCUUUGGCAUAAUUAAAUCAAUUUCUGUCAA